AUGACCUGCUGCUCCACCAGCUUCUGUGGAUUUCCCAGCUUCUCCACCAGUGGCACCUGUGGCUCCAGCUGCUACCAGCCAACCUGCUACCAGCCAAGCUGCUACCAGCCAACCUGCUACCAGCCAAGCUUCUGCCAGACCAGCUCCUGUGGCACUGGCUGUGGCCAGGAGGUUGGCUGUGGAGCCGUGAGCUCCCGCACCAGGUGGUGCCGCCCUGACUGCCGCGUGGAGGGCACCUUCCUGCCCCCCUCCUGCGUGGUGAGCUGCACACCCCCAACCUGCUGCCAGCUGCACCAUGCCCAGGCCUCCUGCUGCCGCCCAUCCUACUGUGGACAGUCCAGCUGCCGCCCACUCUGCUGCUGCGAGCCCACCUGCUGUGAGCCCAUCUGUUAA